AUCAACACGUGAAUGGAUUAGAAUUCAUCAAAAUGGUCAUCAUCAUCAUUAUCAUCAUCGUAAUGAUAAUAAUGAUGAUUAUUCAUCGAAUAUUAUUCCAAAAUCAAAUUAUUAUAAUGAAACAAAUCCAUUCCCGGUUAGAAUUGUUGGUAUAUUUGUUGCCGAUUCUGAAUUACCAUAUACAUUGGAAUUGGCAAAACCAUCCAUUAAUAUUGCUAUUGAAAAAGCUAAACGUUUAUUUCCAUCGAUACGUUGGGAAAAUGCUGUAUUUCGUAAUGGUUCUAAUCGUUGUACAUCAAAUUUUGCCGGUGUUUUUGCUGCUGAAGAAUUUUAUUUAAGACGUGUUACUGUUUUUAUUGGUCCAUCAUGUGGAUUAGCAUUAGAUCCAGUAGCACGAAUGGCAUCACAUUGGCGCAUACCUGUUAUUAGUUCAGGUGGACCACAUGUACAAUUUUCAAAUAAAGAAAUAUUCAGUACAUUAACCCGGUUAUCAUUUUCAUUAACAAAUCUUGGUUCAUUUGUUACACAAAUUUUCGAAAAAUUUCAAUGGAAACAUAUGGCUAUUAUUGUACAGGAUAAAAUAUCAUCACCAUUAAUACCAUUAAUUAAAGAAGCUAUUAUUGAUAUGUUUGAUUCGAAAACUGAUAUUGAAAUUGAAACACAUGAUAUUAGUCGUUCAUUGGCUAAAACUAAUCUUAAAAAUUUAUUAAUUGAUUGUGCAAAAGAAUCACGUGUAAUAUUAAUAUUAACAACCGGUGAAACAUUACGACAAAUAUUAUUAGCUGCAUUUGAUUUACAAAUGGGUAAUGGUGGUUAUGUUUUUUUAACUGUUGAAUUAUUUAAACAUGCAAAUUCAUUUGGUAAUUUUGAUUGGUUUGUUAUUAAUGAUACACGUAAUGAUGAUGUAAAACAUAUGUAUGAAUCAUUAUUUAUAUUAACAGUACAUGUACCAAUGACUGAAAUGUAUCAAAAAUUUGCUAAUGAUGUAAUUGAAAAAUCACGUAAUGAAUUUAAUACAUCAUUUACAAUGAAAGAUGUUAAUGUUAUAUUAGCCGGUUUUCAUGAUUCAGUUAUUAUGUAUGGUGUUGCGGUUACUGAAACAAUAUCGAAUGGUUAUGAUCCAAUUGAUGGUAAUGAAGUAACAAAACGUUUAUGGAAUCGUACAUUUAGCGAUUAUUUAAGUGGUGAUAUUUUUAUUAAUGCUAAUGGUGAUAAAGAAACUGAUUAUACAUUAGAAGAUUUUGAUCCAAUAACAUUCAAAAUGAAAUCGAUAAUAAUUUAUUCCGGUAGAGAUGAUAAAAUUAUUUGGUCAAAUUUAACAGCAAUACAUUGGCCAAAUAAUCAAAUACAAAUAUCUGAUCCAAAUAUUUGUAAAAAUGAUAUUAUUGAUUUGAAUUGUAAUCAAUCAAGUAAAGCAUGGCCAAUAUUGGAUAUUUUAGCCGGUAUCGUUUCGAUUAGACGUUUACGUUUAGAAUCAGAAUUAACUAGUUUAUGGUGGAAAAUACGUUGGAAUGAAAUAAUUUUUAUUCAUAAUCAAAGUGAUCGAUCAUUGGAUACAUCAAAAUCAUUAUUUUUUGUUUCACAGACUGAACAACAACAACAACAACAAACGGAAAGUAAUAAUUCAUCAUCAAAUCGUCAACGUACAAUUUCAACAACAACAACAACAACAAAAAAUAAUAUAAAUCUUGAUGUUAAUAAUAAUCGUUCAACAAUGGAUAAAAAAUCAACAACAACAACAACAACAAGAUUAUCGGUAAACAACAAUCGACAAUCAACAACAACAACAAAUAAUAAUAACAAUAAUAAUAAUAAACAACAAAUUGGUUUUGAUCAAUUUUUAACAACAUUACCAAAUAAAGGAAUUUAUAAAGGAUCAAAAUUAUUUAUAAAACAUUUAAAUAUAAAACAUUUAUCAAUUAAUCGUGAAAUAUUAAUUGAAUUAAAACAGCUUAAAGAUUUAGCACAUGAAAAUUUAAUUAGAUUUGUUGGUAUUUGUGCUGAAGAUCAACAUAUUUCAAUAUUAACUGAAUAUUGUGAAAAAGGAAAUCUUCGGGAUCUAUUAGAUAAUGAAGCAAUACGUAUUGAUUGGCCAUUUCGUUAUUCAUUAAUAAAUGAUAUUAUUGAAGGAAUAUUAUUUAUACAUGAAUCAUCAUUAGGUUUUCAUGGUACAUUAAAAUCACCAAAUUGUGUUAUUGAUUCACGUUUAGUUGUUAAAUUAACUGAUAUUGGUUUACGUACAUUACGUAAUCUUUCUAAACAAAAUUCUGGUUUACCAAAUUAUAAAUCAUUAUUAUGGACAGCACCGGAACAUUUACGACAACGUCGUCCAGAUUUACAUGGUUCACCAAAAGGUGAUGUUUAUAGUUUUAGUAUUGUUUUACAGGAAAUCAUAACACGUAGUGGUCCAUUUGAAACGGUUAAAGUUGUUGGUGGUGAUGGUAAAUAUUCGGUUGUUUCGUUGGAUCCACAAUUCAUCAUACAACAAUUAAAAUUGGGUGGCCAAACACCAUAUCGACCGAAUGUUGAUCAACGUGAAUGUGCACCGGAAUUGAUUGAAUUAUUACAACAAUGUUGGGAUGAAAAUCCACAAAAUCGUCCAACAUUUUCAACAAUACGUACACAGAUACGGAAAUUAUCCAAAGAUUAUAUUGGUGGUAGUGGAAAUAGUUUUCUUGAAAAUUUAUUAUUACGUCUGGAACAAUAUGCAAAUGAUUUAGAAAUACUUGUUGAACAAAAAACCUCUGCAUUUUUUGAAGAAAAACGUAAAUGUGAAGAAUUAUUAUAUGAAUUAUUACCGAAAACAGUUGCCGAUCAAUUGAAACAAGAAAAUCAAGUAAAACCUGAAUCAUUUCAAUGUGUAACGAUAUUUUUUUCGGAUAUUGUACAAUUUACACAGAUCGCAGCAGCAAGUACACCAAUGGAAAUUGUUGAUUUUUUAAAUGAUUUAUAUACAUUAUUUGAUUCAAUUAUAUCAAAUUAUGAUGUUUAUAAAGUUGAAACAGUUGGUGAUGCUUAUAUGGUUGUUAGUGGUCUACCAAUACGUAAUGGUAAUGAACAUGCAAGACAAAUUGCCCGUAUGUCAUUAGAAUUAUUGGAUCAGAUAAAAAAAUUUCGUAUAAAACAUUUACCCGAACAAGAUGUACGUUUACGUAUUGGUAUACAUUCGGGUCCAUGUGCAGCCGGUGUUAUUGGUUUAAAAAUGCCACGUUAUUGUCUAUUUGGUGAUACAGUCAAUACUGCAUCACGUAUGGAAUCACAUGGUGAACCAAACAAAAUACAUACAAGUGAAUAUAGUAAAUUAAUACUGGAUCGUUUUGGUUCAUUCAAUCUAACAUUACGUGGUGAUAUACAUUUAAAAGGAAAAGGAAUUGUUCGAACAUAUUGGUUAGAUAAUGAAAAUAAUCGUUUAUUAUUGGAUCGUUUUAAAUUUUUAAAUCGUAUUGAAACAACAACAACAACAACUGGAUCAACAAUUGGAUUGAUUCCAUCAACAUCCCAGCAGCAAUCAUUUGUAUCGGGUGCUGCUGCUGGAGCAUCUAAUUAUCAUCCAUAUUAUCAACCAUCAUCAACAACAACAAUUAUAAAUGCAAAACAUGCAUUUAAUUAA